AUGCACAAGUAUCACCAACAACACCACUACGACGACAGCAACCAUCACCACCAUCGCCACAACCACCAUUACCUCAACCGUCACCACCGAUGCUGUCUCACCGCGGUGUUUCUGCUGCUGGCCGUCGCGAUCGCCAGCCCCGGACGAGCCGAACACGUCGUACUUUUGGACACUACGACGGAGCCUAGUCUACGGUGGACUACGUACCCUUACGGACCGGACGCCAACGCAGCAGGGUGGGUAGAAGAGAGCUACAUAAAUUUUGAAAAGGGCAUCAACUGGCGGUCGUACGUCGUGUGCGAUGUCACCAAGCAAAACGUCAACAACUGGGUGUGGACGCCUUUCAUCGAGCGAGGGCUGGCCAAUCUCAUUUACAUUGAAGUCAAGUUUACCAUCCGAGACUGUUCGCUGUUCCCAGGGUACGCGCUGUCGUGCAAAGAAACGUUUUCACUGCUCUACUAUGAGUUUGACGUGGCUACUAGGGAACCACCGCCCUGGGAACCCGACAGCUAUAAAUCUGUUGGUCGGAUAGCUGCCGGUGAGGGGAGGUUCAACGCUAAUAACGAAGUGGUGAUCAAUACUGAGACAAAAGCCGUGAAAGUUACCAAAAAAGGAGUGUACUUUGCCUUCAGGGACCAGGGUGCGUGCAUUUCCAUCAUGGCCGUCAAGGUGUAUUACAUCGUGUGCCCAGAAGUUGUGAUAAACUUUGCAAACUUCUCAGCUACUCCAACUGCUAGAGAACUUACCCAAAUCGAACAUGCCACAGGCAAAUGUGUAGAUAAUGCUGAAGUGGUAGGAGGCGGUGCUCCAACUUACCUGUGCAAAGGAGACGGAAAAUGGUAUUUGCCGUCAGGUGGAUGCAAGUGCAAAGCUGGUUUUGAAGCAGACAUAGAAGCGCAAACUUGUAUAAUCUGUCCUCCGGGCAAGUACAAAUACGGCGUCGGGGACGACAAGUGUCAGCCGUGUCCGGCGCACAGCAAAGCACCCGACCAGGGGAUGUCCGAGUGCAGGUGCAACACCGGAUACUACAGGUCGCCUAAAGAUCCGAAAUCGGUGCCGUGCACGCAGCCGCCGUCAGCUCCGCAAAACUUGACAGUCAACUUUGUGGACCAGUCGACUGUGACCCUGUCGUGGAACCCCCCGAACUUCCUCGGUGGCAGGACCGAUAUCGUGUACAGGGUGACGUGCGACAUGUGCGGUCCGUCCGUUGUGUUCAUGCCUAACAACGAGGUGUUCAACGAUACUAAGAUAACGAUAAGUGGUUUGAGUCCGGUAACAACUUACAAAUUUCACGUAUGGGCCGAAAACGGUGUCAGUAAUCUCACGUCGUCCGAGAACCGGCAAUUCGUCGACAUAGCCGUGACCACUACCGAAGCUUCCGUGAAGUCCGCAUCCGUCAACAAUGUCCGUGUCAUGUUGGUAAAGGCGUCCGAGAUCACGCUUUCUUGGGACCCGCCCAUGGCGAGCUUCUUCGAUUCUGGAGAUGACGACGCCGCCGUCGAAGUGUACGAAGUGAAGUUCUAUCCCCGAGGUGAUGAGUCAAACGUCAGUAACAAACUCACCGCCGACAGGCACAUGGUGUUUACGGCACUCAGGCCCAAGACGGACUACGGAUUCCAGGUGCGAGCGAAGACCGCUCACGGCUGGGGCGAAUACAGCCCGACCAUUUACAAAACGACGGGGCAAUUGCUCGGAAGCGGUAAGAACACACAACAACAAGUCCAAAGAAAAAACGGGAUUAAAGAUGAUACGGCCUACAUCGGUGACGAAGAUAACAUGGAAGUUAGGAUAAUCGCAGGUGCCACGGUCGCGGUAGUGGUUGUCUUAGUGGUCGUCAUCAUCAUGACGGUAUUGUUCUUAAGGAGCCGGAGUAAUGAUGAAUGCAACAAAAAACAACCAAGCGAUUGCGACACGUUAGAAUACAGAAACGGAGAAGUGCAUUGCAAUUUGGACAAUCCUCCCAUAGUUGCCACUCACACUAGCAGCAUGACCACACCUUUGUUCACACAAGUUGGCUCGACCACGUCUAGAUCGUACAUUGACCCUCAUACAUACGAAGACCCGAAUCAAGCAGUUAAAGAGUUCGCAAGAGAAAUUGAUGCUUCGUAUAUCACAAUCGAAGCAAUCAUCGGUGGUGGAGAAUUCGGGGACGUAUGUCGGGGGAAAUUAAAAGUUCUCGGAUCUCCUUCCGUCGAAGUCGACGUAGCCAUCAAGACUCUGAAACCUGGUAGUACUGACAAAGCCCGCAACGAUUUUCUGACCGAGGCUUCAAUCAUGGGACAAUUUGAACACCCCAACGUAAUAUUCCUACAAGGCGUCGUCACCCGAUCAAACCCGGUGAUGAUUAUCACCGAAUACAUGGAAAACGGUUCAUUGGAUACGUUUCUGAGAGCCAAUGACGGAAAGUUUCAAGUCCUACAGUUGGUCGGCAUGUUGCGCGGCAUCGCGUCUGGCAUGCAGUACCUCAGCGAAAUGAACUACGUGCACCGUGACCUGGCUGCGCGCAACGUACUAGUCAACGCUCAGCUGGUGUGCAAAAUAGCAGAUUUCGGUCUGAGCCGAGAGAUCGAAAGCACUACCGAAGGGGCGUACACGACGAGGUUUUCGAAUUUCCAGGGCGGUAAGAUACCGGUCCGGUGGACCGCACCCGAAGCCAUAGCGUUCCGUAAGUUCACCUCCGCGUCCGACGUAUGGUCGUUCGGUAUUGUAGUAUGGGAGGUGAUGUCUUACGGCGAACGUCCGUACUGGAACUGGAGUAACCAGGAUGUGAUCAAGUCCAUCGAAAAAGGUUACCGGUUACCAGCACCUAUGGACUGUCCAGAAACCAUAUACCAGUUGAUGUUGGACUGCUGGCAAAAGGAGAGGACGCACCGGCCUAUGUUCUUGUCCAUCGUAAAAACGCUCGAUAAGCUCAUAAGGUGUCCGGACACGCUCAGGCGGAUCGCCCAGAAUAGGUCCGUAAACCCGCUGAGCUCGGACGCGCCGGACAUGACCCAAUUCGGUUCGGUGAACGAGUGGCUGUGCUCGAUAAAGAUGGCCAGGUACCUGGACAACUUCGAACAGGCGGGCAUCGUGAGCCCAAAGGCGGUAGCCCGACUGACUGUAGCCGACCUGACGGCGCUGGGCAUCACGCUGGUCGGCCACCAGAAGAAGAUCAUGAACAGCAUCCAGGCCAUGCGGGCGCAGUUCUCGGCCAACCUGUCCGAGGGCUUUCUCGUGUAA